AUGAAGACUGGUGUAACAUGUUCUGUUAUUUGGUUAUUCUCUCUAUUUUGCUACACAGAUGCAUCAUCAAUCCGUUGUGAAUACAAGUACAGCAGUAAAGCCAAGGGUUGGUUCAGACAUUUCGUGGUACCAGCUACUUGGGCUGACGCACGACAACGCUGCACAUUGGAAGGUGCAAUCCUGGCUUCUCCAAUUAACGCAGAUAUCGAAGCUGAGAUGAAGCACAUCAUACAAAACUUCUUCAAGGCGGAAUCAGAAAUCUUUACAGGAAUUCAUUCGAUUUUUUCACGAAGAUACUUCUAUACUAUUGACGGUAUACCUCUUAGUGAAAUUUCGGUAGUUUGGGCCAAGAAUGAGCCAAAUAAUGCUGGAAAUAAUGAACACUGUAUCACGUUUAAUGCGAAGGGCGCAAUAGCAGACAGAUCCUGUAAUGAGGCUCGACCUUACAUCUGCUUUCGUUCAGGCGAUCUUAAGACUGAGGCCAAUGAAUGUGGAACUGUAGAUCCUGAAUACAAUUGGGAUUCAAACACCACCUCUUGCUAUAAGUUCCACACAGUACCUAGCACGUUCACUCGUGCGCACUUCGCAUGUUCUGCUGAAGGUGGCCAUCUCGUCAUAAUCAACAGUGACGUUGAAGCUACAGUACUAAGCGACCUAUUCGCAAAAUAUCCACCUGAAACGAUGAUAGGCAAUUUCCCUAAAGCCUAUGCUAUGAUUGGUUUCUAUGACUGGGAGGAACGUGGUGACUGGAGGACCAUUCACGGUCAAACGCUAGACGAGGCAGGGUACAGCAAAUUCGCUGCUGGAGAACCAAACAAUAAUUUCGAGUCUGAAUUCUGUGGUUCCAUGCAUCAGUCCAGCUUGUUAAAUAACAUUGGUUGUGAGCAAAUUGCACCAUUUGUCUGUGAAAAACGACCAGAUUUUCCACCGGUUUGUCGUGUAUAA